AUGAUCGAUGACUUCAAAGUGGAUAAGACUUCGUGUGAGGAAAGGGGUUGUAUUUGGGACUCGGAAUGGAAGGGUCCGGAAGGCCUACCCCUGUGUUAUUUGGACCCCAAGAAUGUGGGCUACAAAAGGGUGGGACCCGUGAAGACCAAGACAACUGGUCUGGAGGUUGAGCUACAGCUGAAAGAGACGGCCCGAAAGACACUGCAAAAACUGAAAGAGACGGCCCGAAAGACACUGCAAAAAGUGCCACAAAUAGAGUCACUUCGAGUGGACGUCUCAUAUCUCACCGAAAAUAUACUUCGAGUGAAAAUAGUGGACCCGAAGGCCAUCCGAUAUGAAGUCCCCAUUCAGACGGAGUUCCCGCUUCUCCAACAAAAACUCAAUUAUCUGAAUGAUGACCAACGCGUCUAUAACGUGGAUAUCAAUGAAAUUAGCGAUGAUUUCACGUUUACUAUCACCAGAAAGAGUAGUAAAACUAAAAUAUUUGACACAUCUAUCGGUGGUCUCAUAUAUGGCGACCAAUUGCUACAAAUAGCCACUCGUUUGCCCACAAAAAAUGUUUACGGAAUGGGAGAGAAUACACACCAUUCCCUCAGACAUGACUUCACUAAUUAUAAGACAUUCCCAUUGUUUAGCCAGGACCAUGGUACUGGAGAGGAGCAAGUUAAUUACUACGGUGUCCACCCUUUCUACACGUGUUUAGAAAGUGACGGCAAAUCUCACGGAAUACUACUUCUCAACAGCAAUGCUAUGGAUUACACACUACUCCCUGAGCCGGGUCUGUCAUUCCGUACGAUCGGUGGUGUGAUCGAUAUGUUUGUAUUUUUGGGCGAUAAUCCGGAACACGUGGUUGAAUUGUAUACGUCCCUAAUCGGACGGCCUAUUUUACCACCAUUUUGGGGACUGGGCUUUCAGUUAACCCGAUGGGGCUAUAAGGGCACCGACGAUGUCCGCAGUGUUAUCGACCGUAACCUGAAAGCUAACGUUCCUCUCGAUGUCAUGUAUUUGGACAUCGAUUAUAUGGAUCAAUACCACGACUUCUCGUACGAUAAGAAAAAGUUCGCAAAACUCCCGGAACUGAUAGAUGAGACCAAAUCCAAAGACAAUCUC